AAGUACUUAUACCUAGUAAUAGAUAAGGCGCGUGCUACGUCACCGCUUCACUAACACCGUUAGUUGAAAUAAAGGUCAGUGUCAAUCGAGCAGCCGUCUUUUACUCUCGUAUUUAACAGUGGCGACGGGACGCGUACCUACCCUCAAAGAUUAACAUAAUUUGUGUGGACAAUGUGUGCAGCAUUUUCUCCGUUUGUCGGAAAUAUUUCCAGUUUCGACCACCAACAACAGGAUUGGUCUACGUUUAAGAGUAGACUGGAGCAGUUUUUCCUGGCAAAUGGAAUAAAUGAAGAAUCCGAUAAAUCGGGAGUUAAGAGGCGCGCCAUAUUGUUGAGUGCACUCACAGACGAUUCCUUCAAAUUGGCGAGUAAUUUGGUUUUACCCAAUACGUUGGACAAAGUGAGCUUCCAAAACAUUAUUGAUGUGUUGGACGCCCAUUUCAUACCAAAACGGUGCGGAUUUGCUGAAAGGAGUAAAUUCUACGCCGCGUCACAACAGCAGGGGGAGUCGUACGCACAAUGGGCGGUCCGUUUAAGAGGCCUCGCCGCUCAUUGUAACUUUAAACAUUUAGAGGACGCCUUACUCGAUAAAUUCGUGAUGGGCAUGGCAGCGGGACCUGAACGCGAGAAAAUCUUCACCUUGGACAUAAAGGAACUGACAUUGUCAGCGGCGGUGGACCAGGCGGAGAGCGUGCGGUGCGCGCGCGCGGCGGCGGCGGCGAGUGCACCAGCGGGGACCAGCGGCGGCGGCGACGUUCUUUUUAAAAUAGAAGGAGUGUCGAAAUCGCAACCCGACACAGAUCGAGUGAAAUGUGCAGUGUGUGGACGCAAAAACCACAAAACUAGCGAGUGCCGGUUCGCUAGGUACAAGUGCAAAAAGUGCAAUUCUAAAGGUCACCUACGCAAAAUGUGUAAUAAAGUAAAUUAUGUCGGCGAAGACAAUGUAAGCGAGGGCGAUGACGUGCUUACAGAAUAAAUAUCGAGGUGGUACACUUAGGAAGGACUUUAUCGCUGGCGAUGACGUCAUGUACAAGAAGCAUUUAAACAAUAAUAAAUUCAUUUGGAAAAGAGGAACAAUAGUGGAAAAGCUGGGCAAGAUUAUUUAUCUUGUGAGGGAUUCAGUUGACAAAAAUUUAGUAAAGAAACAUAAAAAUCAGAUUUUUAAGUAUAAAGGGCAAUCUCUAAACGAACAUUACGAUUUUAGCCUGGAUAAUGACAACACGCAGUUUUCGUUUAGAGAAGGGGAAGAGUUG